GCCUCGCAGGUGCUUCCGGGUUGCGCUGUAGGCGGCGGGGUCGGUGCUGGGUGUUCCCCGGGCGGCUGGAGCCUGCCCCGUGCUUCCUCCUCCUUCCCGCGCCCGCUCCGCCAGCCCCGGUCCCGCCUGUGGCCGCUGCGGGCUCUCCCUGGGGGGCCGGAAGCCCGCGGUUUUCUGGUGCCGGUUGGCGGAUCACUCCCCUCUUGACUUCGAGAGCGUCACCGUGUUCUCUGGGUAAAAUCCUUAAAGCUUUAUUCGGCUGCCCCGAAUCCGCCGGAACUCCUCCUGGUGGCCUGUUUUUCUGUCCUCCUCGAGGAAGUGCGAUUGGUGACUUUAUUGUUUGUUGUUUGUUUACCUGUGGAAUAGUGUUAACGCUGCAAAGGUGAGUUUGAGGUGAGUUGCACGCUGAUCUAGUGGGGUGUCCCUGCCCAUGGCAUGGGGGAUGGAACUAGGUGAUCUUUAAGGUCCCUUCCAACCCAAACUAUUCUAUGAUUCAUUUGUCACGGUUCUCCUGUCCAGGGCGAGCAGCUGGCACAGCCAGCAGCAGCCGCCAGUGUUUCCUUCCUUGUGUAGUGGGACAAACAGAUGUUACCCUUUUAAGCACUCCUGUGGUGUAAUUCAUAUUUCUUCUAAAACCACCCUUAUUUUGCAUUACCAAAGGGUUGUGGUGGUUUGGCACUGAGGCUGAGGCUGGCCUGAGGCUUCUCACAGCUGUGUUGUUUUCUGGCUAAUGCCAAGCGCCAUCAGACCUGGGAGAAGAAAGAAAUACAUUACGAACUGGCUAAAGAGCCCCAGUCUUUCUGAUAAUUAUCUGACUGCUGAGCAGAAACUCAUGGAAAAAGCAGUUUCACUUAAAUGAAAGACGUGCUCACGUACUUUUAACAGCCAGGUUUGUUUUCUAGAUAUUCAUCUUGAUAUAGUUGUGCUGAAAUCAGCGCCUAUAAAGAAUAGCCGACUUCUGUUUAAAGUUACGCUGAAAAGAAAAAAUAUGACCUCAUAGGUAUUUUUUCCUGUGAAUUGUAAAGAUUUCAUGUAUUUCUAAUGUUGUAACUUUUUUUUGCAGAUUAACAGGCUUACUGAAGCAUUGUUAUGGAGCUAGAAUGGUAGUGAAAGGAGUUUUAAUUCUUUUUGUCUGAUUAUGUAUUUUGAAUAUAAAAGCAUGGGGUUAUUCUGGGCCUUCUCUUUGAAAUUCAUCCGGUCAUAAGAAACAGUAGUUAAUCUAAAUGCUUACUUCCUUAUUUGCUUUUAUUUCAAGCAGAGUAUAUCCUUUUUUUAACAGUAACAAGUAAUUCAAAGACUGAAGUUCAAAAUGGCUUGUUCUCAUGUUGUUUUAAUUUUUUCCUACAAUUCACUUUAAGUUAUUCUGAAUUUUAAUAAGUAUUUUUACUGUAAUCAAACGGGUGGAUUCUGUAGCUUUUCUUUUGAUUGUCCAACAGUACAGCUUGAACUAGGACCACAAGAAUGCAAUGUGCUUAUGGAAAUAGAAUAUCCUUUAUUUAGCAUUAUAAGUUAUCAGUAUAAAUGGUCAUUUUUUUUCUUUUCUGUAAUCUCAUGUUUUACAACUGUUCGUACGGUACUCAUUUUUAAAACUUUGACAUUUUCUCUAGGUUUAAGUUUAUUUUAUCCUGCAAGUCGUUACUGCCAUAAUGAGGCUAGUAAUUCUUGAAGAUUAUGAUCAGGCUAGUGAAUGGGCAGCAAAGUAUAUCUGUAAUCGUAUUAUCCAAUUCAAGCCAAGUCAAGGAAGAUAUUUCACACUCGGUCUACCAACAGGGAGUACACCUUUGGGAUGCUACAAAAAACUGAUAGAGUAUCACAAGAAUGGAGAUCUCUCUUUCAAAUAUGUGAAGACUUUCAACAUGGAUGAAUAUGUAGGGCUUCCCAGAAAUCAUCCAGAGAGCUAUCAUUCCUAUAUGUGGAACAACUUCUUUAAACAUAUUGACAUAGAUCCGAAUAACGCUCAUAUCCUUGAUGGGAAUGCUCCAGACUUACAGGCGGAGUGUGAUGCAUUUGAAAAGAAAAUUGAAGAAGCGGGGGGGAUUGAUCUGUUUGUUGGAGGCAUUGGUCCAGAUGGCCACAUUGCAUUCAAUGAACCCGGAUCAAGUUUGUCUUCAAGAACAAGAUUAAAGACUUUAGCAAUGGACACCAUUUUGGCAAAUGCUAAAUACUUUGAUGGAGACUUAUCUAAAGUACCAACUAUGGCGCUAACAGUUGGUGUGGGUACAGUGAUGGAUGCUAGAGAAGUGAUGAUUCUUAUAACAGGUGCACAUAAGGCUUUUGCAUUGUAUAAAGCAAUUGAAGAAGGAGUCAAUCAUAUGUGGACAGUUUCUGCUUUCCAGCAACACCCUCGCACUAUCUUUGUGUGUGAUGAAGAUGCUACUUUAGAACUAAGAGUUAAAACUGUCAAGUACUUUAAAGGUUUAAUGCAUGUGCACAAUAAGCUUGUGGACCCACUGUACAGUAUGAAAGAAAACUGAAAGAAGACUUGAAGAGGAACUCCCAUGUGGGUCAACAGCAACAGUUUUAGGUAGCAGAUGAGUUCACUGCUAUGCAAUAUGCUGAAAACUGUUUAAAAUGGGGAAUCCUAGGUACUGUAUUUUUUAAGAGGUCCAAUCUCUCUAUAUUCACAUUCCAUCUGUUUGCUGUGUUGUGCAUUUUGCUUUAACAUUUGGAGCUCUGUUGUUGGCUGGUGUGUAACUAAGUGAAACAGAACAAACUUGUGUGAGACUGCAUGUUAUGUAGAGGGGGAGAGCAGAGCACUUAUUCUAGCACAGCAAUGUAAUGUAUCUGCCUUGUGUUAGAGAAGGUAUUUUAUUUCCAGGAAUUUGUAGGUUUGGGGCUUGAUUAGUGUUACUACAUUUUGCAUUUGUGUCUCCAGGCAGAAUGGUUUUGGCCUUUGUCAAUACUAUGGACUCGUGGUAGUUGUACAAUUUCUACUAUGAAAUGUUCUGUUUACAUAUAUCUAAUGUACACUGAGCUUUUGCACUUUGUUGCCUUAAAUUUAUCUUGAACAGUUUUUG